CUGUUGUUCUUCUCCCCAGAAAAAAAAUAACAAAAAACUGUCAGAAGUCAAAUCUUUUGAAACGCAAAAAAAAGCUGUACCGAAUUCUAUUUUACCACGAAGCGAAUCUGAAACGCAAAGCGAAACGCGAUUUCGAAGGCUCUAUGGUGUCUGUAAACCCUAGGCCUAAGGGUUUUCCAUAUUUCGAUCCCGUCGAUAUGAGUUUACCGAGCUCCUCCGAUGGAUUUGGUUCGACUCCGGUCACCGGACGAACUAAUAAUAAUACGGUGUCGUUUUCAGAAGAUCAGACGACGAAGAUCCGGAAGCCGUACACAAUCAAGAAGUCGAGAGAGAAUUGGACAGAGCAAGAACACGAUAAAUUCUUAGAAGCUCUUCAUUUAUUUGAUCGAGAUUGGAAGAAAAUAGAAGCAUUUGUUGGAUCAAAAACAGUGGUACAGAUAAGGAGCCAUGCUCAGAAAUAUUUUCUAAAAGUACAAAAGAGUGGUGCUAAUGAACACCUUCCACCUCCUCGUCCCAAGAGGAAAGCUUCUCAUCCUUAUCCUCAAAAGGCUCCUAAAAAUGUUGCUGCUUUUACGUCUCAAGUCAUUGGACCUGGUUACUUGUACACCUCUGAUUCUCGUUCAUUGCUGGGAAACCAGGCUGUUUGUGCAUCUACCUCUUCUUCUUGGAAUCAUGAACCAACUACCAAUCUGCCUAAACCGGUCAUUGAAGAGGAACCAGGAGUCUCGGCCACAGCUAUUCCUAAGAAUAUUUGCAGUAAGGAAGAUACAACACGGAGGAGGGUACAAGUAUUGACAAAGCCUAGUGAAGAAGAAAGUUGUGAAAAGCCACGUCGAGUGAUGCCGGAUUUUGCUGAAGUUUACAGCUUCAUUGGAAGUGUCUUCGAUCCCAACACUUCUGGCCACCUCCAGAGAUUGAAGCAGAUGGAUCCAAUAAAUAUGGAAACGGUUCUUUUACUAAUGAGAAACCUGUCUGUAAAUCUGACAAGUCCCGAGUUUGCAGAGCAAAGGAGGUUGAUAUCAUCAUACAGCGCUAAAGCUUUGAAAUAGAGAUAGGUAAAAACAGCAAUGUACCUUAUGUGAGAGCAAGAGACAUUCAUCCAAGGCUGUUUGUGCAUUCCUAGAUGGCUACUGAGUUGUGGCUUUUUAUGUCCCUGUAAGUCGCGGUGGAGCACAUUUGUUUGUCCUGUCUUAUGUAUGUGUGUAUAUAUAAUAGAGGAUUUUGCACAGUUAUAUUGGUAAAGCUAAAAGUGAAUUUGGAUCAAUCUUAAGUCUGUGUGAUAUUGGUUUGGCAGUCAGCAGUCAGCAGAAGAAGUGCAGAUUCAGUGAGUGACAAAACAAGUUGAAGAGAAGGCAAAGAGGAUGAUGUACAUAAAAUAAAAUUAAACAUGAAUGUGUAUAUUGUAUCAUUUCAUUUGUCUUCAGUUGUAAUAUUUUUCGAACUCGUCAGUCCAAUAUAGUAUACAUAACAUGGUGCAAUUUUAUCUA